AGCAACCAUCGGAUUUCCUUCUCCAACCUCUCUUCCCCCACGAAUCGUGCUCCCAUCCGCCCCAUCCGCCGCCGGCACCACCAUGCCCCUUCUUCGCCGAGUGGGAGGCGACAGAUCCGUCUCCUAGCUCUUGCGGCACCGUGCGAGGAGCCGGCCGGCGAGGAGCGCGGCUCCGGUGGCCCCACGCGUGGAAGGAGCGCGGGCUCCGGCGGCCCGACGUGUGGAAGGCGAGCCCGUCUCCGGACUGAGGACACCGAAGGCCGAGCGCACCGGAGGCCAGUAACCUGCAGCGGCGUGCGGAGCUCUUAUCUCGGCACAAUCCACCCCUCCUGACGGGAUAGAAUCCGUGGGAUAAGAGGAGCAAUACCCUUUUGUUUGUCUGCUAAAUUUGAGUACACAAGUACUUAAGCUGCUGGAUUUGGAGUGGCGAACACGGCCCUUCUCAGUGUGGGGAGAUUAGGGGUGUGGGGAGAUGUAUCGUGGGGGCCUUGACCGCUUCAAGAAGGCACAGACCUUGGAGCCCUUCUCAGUGAAGGAGUCAAGCACCAAGAACGCAGCUGCAGCUGCAGGGACAGCUAAAGCACCACCGGCUCCAUUGACACUGCCACAGAAUUCUAAUUUUGUGCCAGGUCAGAAUCACCAAAGUCCACAAGGUACCAGCUCCAGGGUGGCUGGGCAAGAUGGUGUUGCUCCUGGGCAUGUUGGGACACAGGUCGGUGGAGGGCAGUCGACGUGGCAACCUCCCGACUGGGCGAUUGAGCCGUGUCCUGGUGUCUACUAUCUUGAUGUGGUGAAAGAUGGGGAGGUCAUUGACAGGAUCAAUCUGGACAACAGGAGGCAUCUAUUCGGGAGGCAGGUUCCUGCUUGUGACUUCGUGUUGGACCAUCAAUCUGUGUCGCGUCAGCAUGCUGCUGUUAUUCCACACAGGAAUGGAAGCAUCUAUGUUAUCGACUUGGGAUCAGUUCAUGGCACGUUUGUUGCGAAUGAGAGAUUAACAAAAGACAGCCCUGUUGAACUUGAGGUUGGACAGUCACUUCGCUUUGCUGCAUCAACCAGAACCUAUAUCCUGCGAAAAAACACAGCUGCUCUAUUUCCAACUCCUAGCCUUCCAUCAGAUAUCAGUUUGCCAUCUCCUCCAGAUCCCAAUGAUGAAGAUGCUGUUGUGGCAUACAAUACAGUUCUUAACCGCUAUGGUAUUAGUAGAUCUGACAUAUUAUCCAGUUCUAAAGAUUCUUCUAGAGGUGCCUCUGGUGCAAAUAAUGAUAAACAUGCAGUUGAAAGGCCUUUGAAGAGAAGUAAAAAGCGCAGAGUGUCAUUUAGAGAUCAGGUUGGAGGAGAACUUAUCCAAGUGGUUGGGAUUUCAGAUGGUGCAGAUGUUGGAACUGAACCCGGCCCUGUAGGUGUGAAGGAAGGCAGUCUUGUUGGGAAGUAUGAAUCUCUUGUACAGGUUACUGUCAUACCGAAGGGAAAGGAGCAAGCAUCACCAAAAGAAUAUACCUCUACCUCAACGAGUGGUGUAACGGAUAAGCUACAAGAGGUGCUUAAAAAAGUAAAGAGCACAACAAAACCUGGAAUUUACGAUGAUCUUUAUGGGGAUUCUGUUCCAGCAAAAGUGGGCUCAUCUUGGGCAUACAAAUCAGAUGACCUGUCAGAUAAAGCCCAACCUGUUGAGGAGAAGACACAUAGCAUGAAUUCAGCCGAUGACAGUGAUGACUUGUUUGGUGACUCGUGAUUCAGAAUCGUCAGUGGAUACAAACAAAUAUAUUCUUCAGAAUUUCGUGGCAGAGCUGUUUCAUUUGUUAGAGGCUUUUUUUGGGGGGGCUUAGUUAUACAUGAUUGUACCCUUCUGCAAAUCAAGGUGUGUUCUUUUUGGCUGAUGUGAGCAACUUAAGGACACGCUUUCAUAUAGUGAUGCUCAUUGUGAGUUUAACCUUGUUUCCCCCCCUUUUUUUUUCUUAAUCACUUUGGUGAAUUUUGACCAGCACUGUUUCUUUUACCCAGCCUGCUUUGGGCCUUGUUUACUUCCCAGAAAAUUUUGCAAAACUUUUCA